AUGGUUAACACACACAUGGUUCACUGCGAUGGAUUCAUGCUGGUUGCGUAUAAUAUGUGGAAGUACAGAGACGACAGAUCAAGAGACACCAACCUCGCACUUUGGAAUCCUGUUUUGAAGAACCUCAGAUGGAUCGAGCCCUCACAAAGCAUCAUGAGCUCUGAAUACCACGGGAUUGGAUAUAAAAACAAGCCUAGCGAUGGUUACAAGAUCUUGAGGUUUACUAGUCGCCCUUGGGAGAUUGAGCGUUAUGAAGAUGAACCAGAGGUUGAGAACUUGAGAUUUAUGAGUGCAAGACGAGUUCUUGGAGGACUCUUGAUAUCGAGCUUGAUGUGGAUGUGA